AUGGAUCUCUCUACACUCGAAGGCCCCCCGAUCCGCAAUCCCCGGCUCGCCGAACCGGCUGGCAACAUGUCUGUUCCUCAGAUACACCUCGACCAUGCCUUCUUCGCCAGUCCAGAAACAGAAAGAUUCCACCUCCUGCAAAGACCGGCGUCCGCAGACGCUCAUGCCCUUCCUCGCCGAACAAAGUAUCUCAACCCGGCCUGCAUCCGCCACACAGCACGGCCCCAACUUCGAGUCCAAGCAGGCCCGGCAGUCGAACCCGACUCAACUGCCCGGUUUAGUUCUAGCCAUAAUCUCAGUCACGGUCACAGCCAUAGCCACGGCCACAGCUAUCGCCACAGUAACUCAGAUCUCUCCAGCUUCUCGUCGGCGCGGAGCCGUCCUCGCCGACUCACAUGGGUCGAAAGCGAGAGUAUCUGGGUCGUCACCAGCCCCUCUACCGGCUCCCCGACUUCUUCGUCAACAUGGGGCGACGUAAACUGGUCCGCGGCCGCCUACCGCCCCCCUCCGCUGCAGCAUUCUCGAUCAAUGGACAUGACUCCCACCCAUAGUCAGUCCCACCCGGAGCCGGACGACCUCCCGCCCCCGUACGAACGGCAUUACUUUGACAGACCUCUUCCUCUUCUCCCAUCGGAGGCAGGGAUGGUUCCUUCGUCACACUGGCGAAUCGCGAUGGACGGAGAUCGCGCGGCGGAUGAACCGCACUUCGUUUGGGUGAGCUUUGAGUUGGGAUUGCAGGCAUGUACAGAGUUGUUGCGACAGAAACUGGCUGCUACAGCAGUGAACCCUGAACCGGACAGCCGGCCGGUUGGUCGAGGCCUAUUGACCGGGGACCUCCCUACUUCACCCGACUUAUGGCGGAUGCUUCAAGUUGGUGAAUACGAGUACUAUGAGAAGGUCAACAGCCGAGUAUGA